ACAUGCAUAGGUUCUUUCUCUUCAGCACCCUCUGCUGGUCAUAGUGGGAAUACUCACAAGCUUAUAUUUUGGUGGGGUUUUUCUGUGUUCCUGUGGGUAGAGGAAACAGGAAGCUGGUCGCUUGUUAGCCUGCAGAAUAUGCUGUUUGUCGCCUUAGAUGCUCUUUAAAACAUUUCUGCCUUGGAGAGUUAUUGCUUUUUUACGGGAAGAAAAGGAUGUCAAUCAUUGAACUACUGACGAAGUAAAAAGCCUCAAACUUACUUCCGCCUCCUAUGUUCAUUGAAACCGUUAGCUGUCUGUCAAGUUGGGCAAAGGGACGCACAAUAAGGACAGAACAGUAAAAAAGCAGCUUCUCAGCGGGCAGAGAUAAUCAAAGACAGCAACCUCGGCUGCCAGCACGUCUCAUCUCUACUACUGCUUAUGCUUGCCACACAGCAGCAUUGUGGGAUGGAGGACACACAAGCCGCAAAAGAAAUAACGCAGCUGUCGGCUCUAGAGACCAGGUCAGUGGCCUCUAUAACAUCUAGUGGAUCAUCAGCCAGUCGAGCCGCUGCUGCAGCUCGUGCUAAACUGGAGGCAGCUCGCGCACGAGCCGAUUAUGCCAAAAUAGAGUCAGAAAUGAUGAUUGAGAAGGCUCGCAUAGAAGCCAAAUUGAACACUUUACAGUAUGAAAAGGAGGUAGCAGCAGCUAUGGCUGAAGCCAGCAUCCUUGAGGUUGCAGCAGAGGAGUCUGUCAAAACUGAAAGGAAACCUGCUUUUGAAGAGACUGCUGAAAGGACACGCCAGUAUGUGGAGCAGCAUCUACAGCCAACCGAGAGUGCUAAACCAGAGGCAGAGCAUAGAGAGUCAACUGUUCAUGAACUGAAGCCCACAAUUCCACCCAGGCAAAGCUUUGAUACUCCAUAUGUUGAAACCCGCUUGUUCAAAAUGAGAAACAAAACCAUUCCAACAUCAGGGCUAUCUCAGGAACCAAAGUCUGGUAUUUACCCCCACUCAACACCGCACCCGCCAGAGAGCACAAGGGAAAGGUCGCCUGAUCGAGUCACACCACAACUCCUACCAGAUGGCAGUGCUCAGGUGGGUGAUAUAGCAAGGUACUUGGCACGGAGGGAUCUUAUUAAUGCUGGUCUCACAAAGUUUGAUGACUGCCCUGAAAAUUACUGGGCGUGGAAAUCCUCCUUUCUGAAUGCAAUCAGUGGACUAAAACUCAGCCCCAGCGAAGAGUUGGACCUCCUUAUUAAGUGGCUGGGGCAUGACUCAGCACGGCAUGUGAAAAGAAUAAAGACGGUCCACGUCUGUCGUCCUGAAGUUGGAUUGGACAAAGCCUGGGAGCGCUUGGAGGAAUGUUUUGGCUCUCCAGAGAUAAUUGAAAAAACACUUUUUGACAGGCUUACAAACUUCCCAAAGGUCAGUAGCAAGGAUCCCGUGAAGCUGAGAGAGCUUAGUGACCUGCUGCAAGAGGUCGAGGCAGCAAAAUCAGAGGGUUAUCUCCCAGGGCUAAGCUAUCUUGACACUGCACGUGGUGUCGCUCCAAUUGUGGACAAGUUACCACACAAUAUCCAGGAAAAGUGGCUCUCUCAGGGUUUUAAGUAUAAAGUUGACCAUAGUGUCAUUUUUCCGCCAUUUUCCUUUCUCUGUGACUUUGUCUGCAGAGAGGCACAAGCCCGCAAUGACCCAGGCUUCAGGCUCUUAGCAUCUACUACAGACCACUUUAGAUCAGAUGCUACAGUGAGGAAGCCCUAUAAGGGUUUUGGUCUCUGCUCACAAGACGGAAAUAUCACAGGAGAAAGCUGGCCAAGACAGUGUGAGAGAGCAAACCUGUGA